AUGUCGCCAAGUGAAAGUUUUCUGAAAAUUAUGCGCUUUGUGCGCUUCGUGAAAAGAUGUCUGGGAGUCGAUGUCUAUGUUAAGUUUUAUCGUAUGAACAUUUUGACGGCAAUGUGUAUCACAGCUUGCUUAAUAUACGGCGGAUUCACACUCAACACCGCGAUUAUUGAGAGGCAUUCGAAGUUCGCUUUCCAGGCACUGGUGAUGACCGGUCUCUGGAUGCAAGGUAUCAACAAGCUGUUUGUGGUUAUUUAUAAUGCACACAAUCUCUACGAAUUGAAUCAGAGUGCUUUAAAAGUCUAUCUCGAUUUCGAAAAUCAUUCGGAUCCCAGAUUUGCCACGAAUCUUCAGGAGAGUUGCGACAGAUUGCGACGUGCUCUUAUUAUUGUGUUCACGUCCUAUUGUGUCGCCGUCAGUGGCAUGAUUAUCUUGCCCCUCACGGUCAAUAUGUUUACCGGGGAGCGUCACUUGAUCAUGCAGUUUUAUGUUCCGGGUAUUGAUCAUACGACUCAGUGGGGAUUUUGGAUAACGCAAGGGUUUCAUGUUUUUGUGCUGAUCGUUGGCGGUUUGGGAAUGUUUGCUGGCGAUUUGGUUAUUCUUGUGCAUCUGCUGCAGUCAUAUAUAUUCAGGGAUGUGCUGCGUCUUAAGAUCGACAUAUUCAACACGUUUGUGGAUGAACCUGGUAAGCAAUCGGAUUCGGAUAUACAGAAAGGACUUGUCGACAUGAUGCAGUUUCAUCAGCUCUACUUAAGCGUUUGGCCUGGUGGCUGGGCUUAUGCAAUUGGUGUAGCUUCCAAUUUGUAUAUUUAUUGCAUACUCGGUACUUUGGUUGAAAAUUGUAACGACGAUCUCAUCUAUGAGGUCUACAACAUAUCUUUCUACAAUCUGAAUGCUCGUCAGCAACGUCAAGUUUUAUUCAUGUUGUGCAAAGCUCAAAGCACUGACAUGAUUCAGGUAAUGGGUGUUAUGCCUUUGGCCGUGAGCACAGGUCUUCAGGUCACAAAAAGCAUUUAUAGCGUUGCAAUGAUGAUGAUUAACUUUGUUUGAAUCAAUAAACUGCAAAAGAAAAAACACAGCACAAUGAAGUCUACUUCGUUCCAGCGUGACAUAUUUGGAAGCUAAAAACACAGGACGUGGACCCCAACGUUAUAAAUGCAACGAUAGAUUUUAUUUUAGUGCACUGCAUGCACUUCAAAUUUCU